CUCAUGGCAACAAGCGGCUGCGUGGCUGCUGGGAGGAGGAAGAGGAGGAAGGUGAACAGCGUGAAGGAAAAUGUUUCAAACAGACGGACGAGCAGAGAAGCAGCAGACUGGAGAAAAUCUCCAGGAGCCGCGUCAGCUGUAAACAGAGUGACACCGAGCUCCUGGCACCACCGGCUGCUGUCUCGUGAGCCUUGGAGGAUCUAAAGUGAGUGACAAAAAAUCCGACGUGUUGUCAGGAGGAGAGUCUUCCUCGCUGCUGAUUUACAGUACAGGAGAGGCAGCUGGGCCGGCCGGCCGGCCGGGGCGUGGGGGCCUAGAUCCGUUUCCAGGAGAGGGAGGAGGACAAACCUUUCCAGGGAAUGCUCAACGCUCCUUCACGUUAUCAUCUAUAAAAAGCGAAGCUGCUCUGCACCUUGAAAAAACUAAACAAAACAUAUUUAAAACACUUUACUAUGCACCAGAGCAGUUGAAAACUAUUUAAAAGCAAAACUGUUAAGCUGCCAGAAAGGCACAUAAAAGUAAUGCAGGGGAGGUGACGAAAAGCAGAAGAGAAACAACAUGGAGAAAGAAACCUCCGCUCUGACUGGCAUGUGGGCUAUUUGUGGACGAGGAACGGAGGAAGGCUUUAAUUGCAUGAAGAUACAUUAGAAGCUCUGACAGGUGGAACAGUGAUGGACCAGAGAGCGCUAUGAAUCAAUGUGCUCUGUCUGGUGAGACAGCCACAUCCAGUUCAAUAUCAUUUAACAGGAUGCAAUUAAACUGAAUGGAAAAUGUUUAGUGUGAAAUAAGAAAAUGAAAGCUUAAAUAUGCACAGAAAAAAGAAUAAGUGAGAAAAAAAGACAAAUUUACAAAAAAAAGUCAAUAUGGCAGUAUUUCAGCAAUUCCAACAUAAAUGUAGAUCUUUUUUUGAUUUGUUUUUGUAUUCUCAUGAUAACCUAAUAAAUUACAUGUUAGAUACAAUAACAAAGUUCUCAUAAGUGGUCUCAGACAUUUAUACAUGACAUAUAAGUAAUAAGAUUGACAUCAGGCUGCAUUAUGUCUGUUCUAGGAGGUCAAUGUUUCUGAGUUUCCAGUCAGAAAAACAAAAGGCAUUUCCCCUGUAGUCACUGAGAGAGUCAGAGAUUUCCAAGCAGAUCUGCAGAAAUAAAGAUUUAUCAGCUGUUUGAAGGUGUUAUUGAAGUUCUGGCAGACAUGGAACAAAGUGGGACAAAGUUCUGGGUGUGAACAGUUGAGCUAUGGGAAAAAAUGAUGGCAAUGAUUCUUGGAGUGGUAAAGAUUUUCUGUCUCAAAGCAUGAGGAAGUUUAAAUCAGACUCAAAGUCUGGAAGCUCCAAGAAGACACAACAGCCCAUCCUGGACAUUUUCAAAUCGUCUAAAAACACCUCAGUCCAACUUGAGUCGGCGUCUUUCCAUGACAGCAGGCCCAUUGCUGCAGACGAUGGACCAAAGGAAACUCAGCAAAGAGAGACCAGACAGAACGAAGACGACGGAAACCUGGACUAUCACAUCGGCCUUGUGUUGGAAGACAGAUAUGAAAUUUCUUCCACGCUGGGAGAAGGCGCUUUUGGGAAAGUAGUGGAGUGUAUUGACAGACACAGAGGUCAGCGGGUGGCUGUAAAAAUUGUGAAGAAGUUUGAGAGUUUCUGUAAAGUUGCCAGAUCAGAGAUCGCCGUGCUUGAGGAGAUCAACGGCCUGGACGACGACAACAGAUUCCCCUGUGUGAGGAUGUUGGACUGGUUCAAGCAUAAAUCCCACAUCUGCAUUGUUCUGGAGCGUCUCGGUCCCAGCACCUUCGACUUCCUGCGACAGAACGACUUCGUCCCUUUCAGUGUGGAGCAGAUCCGACUCGUAGCCUUCCAGAUCUUCAGAGCGGUCAGCUUUCUGCACCGUAACAAGCUGACCCACACAGACCUGAAGCCUGAGAACAUUCUGUUUGUCAGCUGUGACUGUGACACGGAGUACAGCCAACAGACGAACUGUAAGCACACAAAACCAAGGAGUCUAGACAUAAAGGUUGUGGAUUUUGGCACCGCUACCUUUGACCACCAACACCAUGAGACUCUGGUGUCGACACGGCACUACAGAGCACCAGAGGUCAUACUGGAUCUGGGCUGGAACCAGUCAUGUGACGUGUGGAGUCUGGGCUGCGUUCUCAUCGAGUAUUACCUCGGACGAACACUGUUCCCUAGUCAUGACUGUGGAGAACAUCUGGCCAUGAUGGAGAGGGUCCUGGGACCGAUUCCACCCCGCCUUCUGAAACAGACCAGGAAGAAGAAGUUUGUUAAAAAUGAGCGUUUGAACUGGAAUGAUGCGAGUUCCUCUGAAGAUGAUAUUCGGAGACACUGCCAGCCUCUGACGCUGUACAUGAGAACAAACAGUGAGGAGGAGAAGCAGCUGUUUGACCUGCUGGGCUGCAUGCUGGAGUACGACAUCAGCAGGCGGAUCACUCUGGAAGAAGCGCUGUGGCAUCCAUUCUUCUGCCCACUGAGAACACAGCAGCAACCGGAGCAGCAACCGCAGCAGCAACCACAGCAGCAACCGCAGCAGCAACCAGAGCAGCAACCGCAGCAGCAAUCGCAGCAGCAACCGGAGCGAAGCUAACAAGAACGCUGUCUUGGUCUACCUCACCCAAGAAAUGGUUGUUACAUGUGGUUUAGUUGUGUUUGUGAGAGCAUUCCUGUUUAUAUCGCCCUGCAGCUGUUCCACAUUCAUUUAAUCAGUUUCACCUGUUCCUACUGAGCUCUAUUGUCAUAUCACACACAUAUCACACUUUCUUUUACAAAUGUGCCCAAAACUUUGUCAAUAAAAAACACUAUUUUUUUUUUUUUUUAGUUUUGGUGUUCCCAUUAAAUAAGAAAUUAUUUCAUGUUGUCUUUUUCUUGUUUGCACCAAUGUUAACAUUCGGUUGUUGAUCAUCUGGCUCUUGUGAUGUGAAAAAAGUGUUUCCAUUGUAAAUUUGUGAAAUCAACCAAUUUUGAUACAAUUACCUCACUCUAGUGUCAAAACUUUUUUUUCUAAUCAAAAAUCAAGUUUUUCAAAAUCGCUCUGUUUUCAUUAAGCAAAUGUGUUUUCAAAAUAUCAAACUGUGCGAUUUUCAGUGGAAAAGCAGCCAGUGUGUUGUUACCACACACGUUUCUUUCCUCACGUCUUCCUAAGCUACUCUUGUUUUCCCUCCAGUUUCAUGAGUUUUGUCUGCUUAUAUUUAUGAUUAAAAUUAAUUUUCACUGCC